AUGUCGAACUUGUCACACGCGAAGAUCACCCCCCGCCCUUCCAAGACCCGAGGCGCAGCCAACCAUGGCUGGCUCGACACCAAACAUACCUUCUCCUUCGCUGGAUGGUACGAUCCUAGAUACAUGCAAUACGGAUCUCUCCGCGUCUUGAACGAAGAUCGCGUCAUGCCUGGCGAAGGGUUCCCGACACACUUCCAUCAAAACGCCGAAAUCUUCUCCUACGUGCUGUCGGGCGAACUGACCCAUCGCGAUUCGAUGCAAAAGAAGGGGGCAGAAUCUGACGACAAGGACAAAUUUUACCGCUUGCACCGCGGGGAUGUGCAAUUUACCACGGGCGGAAAGGGCAUUUCGCACAGCGAGUACAACGAACAUAACAAGGACUGGGUGCACUUUCUCCAGAUCUGGGCUUUGCCAUGGAAGAGGAGCCUGCCGCCCAUCUACCACACCAGCACCUUUUCGGACGAAGACAAGCGCAAAGGCUUUGUCACCAUCAUCACCCCAUUGAAGGCAGGGCCCAAUGCCACAUUGGAGGACGAGAAGGCAGCCAUCCCCGCCAAAGAGGGCACGAUUCCCAUUCAUGCCGAUGUCGUAUUUAGUGCAGGCAUCAUCCCCACGAACACUACAUUCAACUAUCAGAUCGGCGGCGGAGAUGUCGUCACAUCCAAGGUCGACCGAAAAGUCUACAUCCACCUGCCGGAAACGAAAGGUGGAAAGGCCAAGGUCCGGCUGGACGGACGAGAGGACGCCAUCCUCAAAGAAGGAGACGGUGCCUAUGUGAGUCAUGUCAACGCGGGAGACAUGCUCAAGGUUGAAAGCAUUGGAGACGCAGAGGCGGAGGUUGUGGUUAUCGACUCGGAGUAA